AUGUUUAGUCGAUCAGCACUUACAGUAAUCUUUUCAUGUAGCUACCAACUUCCUCAUCGUGUCUACACCGCCAAGGGCUACCCUGUCCUCGCCCCUAAUGGCUCAUCAAUUAUAAUCUAUGGCUAUGAAAACGGGUUGAAGGUAAUCUGGAGAGGUGGAAGACCAUUUACCAGCAGGAAGCCAUCGGCCCCUAAGGACCAACCGCAAGAAAAAACCAACCGCAGCAACAACGACAUCAUGGUCAUUGAUUCCGAUGAUGAGAGCUCUGCCGAAACCCAACAAAACGAAGAACCAAGUUAUGGGUUUGAAGAAGAUGAGCCAGAGAUCGAUCCCCUCUUCCCAUACGAAACUGUGCUGCGCCAGAUCGAUAUACCCCUUGGAACCAGGGUCGUUGAAUUGGCUGUCCCUCGCAUUCUCCCUGAGACCGCACGUUCAUCACUCGACCCUUUCCCGCCCAUUCUAAGAAAACUUAUGGUAAUCUCGGCCGUGUGCGCCGAUCUUUCCACCCGAGUUGUUACGCUGCCCUUGACUCCUCCCCACCCUGCUCAAUUCGAGCUCUCCUCGUGGGUUCAGGCGUUGUCGAUUAGCGGCGGAGUAUCACACCAAGAGAUCCCAAGGGGAGUGGGGAUUGCUCUCACAUAUCAAGCGAGUGAGCCACAGGGAGAUGAGGACAUGGCUCAAAGCCAAAGUGGAUCUAAUGGCAAUGGGCCAGGGAGGUGGGACCUUCUUAUCGCCACUCAUUCUGCGGAGUCGUCGGGCCUCCUUAUAAUACAUCGGAUCCCGGUUGUAGAAGAGACAGACCAUAAUGAAGUGGUGUACCGUUUAAGUGAGGAUGAUAUCGAGUCAAAGCGCCGUUACCUGCCGGCCCCGGCCCAAAACAUCGCCUUCAACCCAUCACCAUAUCCGUCACCACGACACUCGACACUACUCGUCGCCUUUCAUAGUGGAUGUGUCAAAGUCUACUCGUGUUUCUCCACGAAACCAUACAAAGCGUCGCGCAGAUCGUCCAGUCCUCAAAGUGAUUUCGAGACGUCGGAAACAGAGGGGAAGUGGCUGAUCAGUCUCUAUCCCGGGUUUGAGCAGUCGCCCCCAGGGCCCCCCCGGCGUAAAACUAUAGUCAAUGCAGAAUGGGUGCUUGGUGGACGGGCCAUUAUGGUUCUCAUGGCGGAUGGUGAGUGGGGGGUAUGGGAUCUCGAAGGGGCAGGCCCAGGAACCAUGAAGGGCCCACUCCAGCGUCAAUCCAGUGUACAGGGGGUGACUGGUGGAUCCUUGACUGCUUUUUCUGUCAGUGGUCGGGUCUUAGGUCCGCUGUCUGGAGCCCGCGCUGAAACAGGUGGGCCCAUCGCAGAACAACGCCCUAAAUUCGCGCCCCUGACACCACAUACUAAGCGUGUCCGUGAAGACACUUUGCUGAAGGGUGCCAUGGUUAGGUCAAUCAUCCCGUCUUUGUGCGGAGAAAUCUCCGUCUAUCAGACCAACUCAUAUCGUGAUACCCUACCUGACGAGUCGAUUCUGUUGCGGCACGGCAACCAGAGUGCUGUCAUUCCAAGCUUGCUGUCCUUAUGGCGGAAUGCCGUAAAAGCAACCGGAACCUUUGAUGCGUCUAACCGCUGCCGAGUUUCCGCCAUCCAAGAUAUCACCUUAAUGGGCGAACAUUUAAAGGGUAUUGGUCACCUUCCUGCCGCUUCUCGCCAGACUCGCCAAGCUGAAGGUGGAGACCAUGAUGCUCUGCUGAUUACAGAACACCGAAUCAUAAUCCUUACUCCACGACUCAAUGAGCCGGAUGAAUCUCCUGCGCUUCUAGGGUCGGUGGACGAGACACCAACCGCAGAAACUGAUCAGCUGAGGCUUCGGCGUGGUGAACUUGAUGUUGAAGGAAUGGAUCGACUACUGAGUGGGAUGACCAGCAGUAAUCAAACCCUUCGAAUGGGAAGUCCUAUCAAGCGGGCGCGGAUUUUCACUUGA